CUGAAGGAGUGAAUCCACUGUAAACAACACCUCACAACAUCAACAGUUUCUUUCUAUACCCCUCUACACUCUCAUCAAACUCUAUGGCUGAACUCGUGCUUUCUUCCCUCCUCCCUGUCCUCUUUGAGAAGCUGUCCGAUGCAGCUUUCAAAACCAUUGCUCGCCACAAGGGACUUGAUGCUGAGAUCAAGAAAUUGCAGAAAUCCUUAACCCAGAUCCAAGUUUAUCUUACUCAUGCUUCUCAGAUGGAGAUAACCGAUCCAUCUGUGAAACAGCGACUGAAUGAUCUCCAGCAUCUGGCUUAUGACAUCGAUGACGUCCUCGAUGGUUGGGCUACCGACGCUAUGAACCCUGAGUUCAAGCAAGACCCAGAAGGCAUCACCGGCAAGGUAAGAAAGCUAAUCACCCCAACUUGUUGCACAACUUUCUCACGGACUACUACUAUGAUUGCCGAGUUAGAUGAUAUUUCCACCAAAUUACAAGAUCUAGUUAAGGAGAAAGCUGAUCUUGGUUUAGAUAAUCUUGGUUUGAAAGCGGAAGAGGAAGCUAGGCCAAGAACUAUUAAUAAUAAUAGAAGGUUACAAACCUCUGUUGUCAACCCAUCUAGUAUUGUUGGACGCCAAGCUCAUAAAGAUGCACUGGUUCAACAGUUAUUGUUACCCGCUGAUGAACCAUCUGACCAAAACUAUAGCAUUGUUCCCAUAGUUGGUAUGGGUGGGCUUGGAAAAACAACUCUGGCUAGACUUGUGUACGAAGAGCAACAGGUCAAGGAUCACUUCGAACUCAAGGUGUGGGUUUGUGUAUCUGAUGAGUUUGAUACCGUUCGUAUAAGCAAAGAGAUCUUUCAAUCUAUGGCAAACAAGGAAGUUCCAGAUUUUAAUCGGCUUCAAGAAGCUCUUAAAGAUCACGUAAAGGGUAAAAAGUUUCUGUUGGUGCUAGAUGAUAUAUGGGGCGAAAGUUAUGAGGAUUGGGAAACCCUUGUCAGACCGUUGUAUACAUGUGCUCCUGGAAGUAAGAUCAUUAUAACAACACGGAAGGAUCAAUUGCUCAAACAAUUGGUUUACAAUCCACUACACAAGCAGCUACACAGCCUCUCAGAUGAUGACGCUUUGUCUUUACUUGCUCGAAAUGCGUUAGGUGUAGAUAACUUUGAUUCCCAUUUGUCGCUUAAACCAUAUGCCCAAGGUAUUGUGAAAAAAUGUGGAGGAUUACCUUUAGCUUUAAUAGCACUUGGUAGAUUGUUGAGAACAAAAAGAGAUGAAGCAGAUCAUUGGAUCAAUGUGUCAAACAGUGACAUAUGGAGAUUAAAAGUUAAGGGGGGAGUUCUCCCGGCCCUAAGACUAAGCUACGAUGAUCUUUCGGCACCAUUGAAGCGGUUGUUUGCAUAUUGCUCCUUGUUUCCCAAGGACUACCUGUUUAACAAGAAGGAUCUGAUUUUAUUAUGGAUGUCAGAAGGGUUGUUGUGCCAGCCAACUCUGAUCGACUCAACAGAAGAACAACAAUUGGGUCACGAAUUCUUUGACGAGUUGUUGUCAAGGUCAUUUUUUCAACAUGCACCUAAUAAUGAAUCAUUAUUUGUGAUGCAUGACCUCAUGAAUGACUUGGCGACAUCUGUUGCUACCGAGUUUUAUUUAAGGUUAGACAACGAGUCAGAGAAGAAUAUUAAGAAGAUGAAGCUAGACAAGUACCGCCAUAUGUCAUAUGUUAAGGAAAAAUAUGUAGCUUACAAGAAGCUCCAGGUACUUGAAAACACCAAAUGUCUAAGGACAUUCUUGGCAACAUCUGUUGGGGAGGUGGAACGUGGGCGGGAAUUUUACUUAUCCAAUAAGAUUCUGACCGGCUUGCUUCCUAAGUUACCAUUAUUAAGGGUUCUAAGUUUGAGUGGCUUUGAAAUAAGUGAGUUACCGGAGUCCAUUGGUACUUUGAGGCACUUGAGAUAUCUUAAUCUAUCUCAAACUCAUAUCACACAUUUACCGGGAAAGGUUUGCAAUCUUGUUAAUUUACAAACGUUGAUCCUGUUUGGUUGUGAUGAAUUAACUGAGUUGCCCAACAACUUCCUAAAUCUGAAGAACCUGCAACAUCUUGACGUUAGGGACACCCUGCUUUCAUUUCAGAUGCUGUUAGAGAUUAGCAAGUUGAAAAGCCUACAAAUUACUCUCUCGAAAAUCGAUAUCGAAAGUGAAAGGGGAAUUGAAAUAGCCAAACUUAAAGACUUUAAAAAUAUAUAUGGGAAAAUUUCUGUUGUAGGUUUGGAAAAAGUGCAAAAUGCAAUUUAUGCACAUGAGGCGAACUUUUCAGAAAAGAGGAUUAGUGAGUUAGAGCUUGUAUGGGGUGAUGAGCUAAAUGAUUCUCGAAAUGACAUGCUUGAAAAAGAGGUCCUAAAUGAGUUGGAGCCUUGUCAUGAUAAGUUAUUAAAACUCAAAAUUAGGUCAUAUGGGGGAUUUGAGUUUCCAAAGUGGGUUGGGGAUCCCUUGUUUCUUUAUUUGAAGCAUGUGUCGAUAAGUGAUUGUAAGAGAUGUACAUCAAUACCGCCACUGGGACAACUACCGUCACUAAAGGAGUUGUUAAUCGAAGGCUUACAUGGAGUGGAAGUUGUGGGUUUGGAGUUAUUUGGGACUGGUCAAGCGUUUCCUUCACUUGAAAAGCUGACUUUUCGUGGUAUGCAUGGGUGGAAGAAAUGGUCAGGGGCUGUGUUUCCACGCUUGCAAAAGCUUCAAAUAAAUGGUUGUCCUAAUUUGGUUGAAGUCACACUUGAAGCAAUGCCUUCGUUGAAUGAUCUAAGCAUAAGUAAAUGUGAGAGUGGUGUGUUGAGAAGUCUGGUUGAAGUAGCAUCAGCAGUCACCAAGUUGGAUAUAAGGGAGAUUUCAGGGCUUAAUGAUGUGGUGUGGAGAGAUGUUAUAGAAUAUCUUGGGGCAGUUGAAGAAUUAAGCAUAGUGAGCUGUAAUGAAAUAAGGUACCUGGUGAAAUCAGAUGCAGAUGCAAGUAAGAUUCUUGUGAAGCUGAGGACAUUGGGAGUGUAUGGUUGUGAUAAUUUGGUGAGUAUAGGAGAGAAAGAGGAGGAGGAGGAUAAUUGUAGGAGCAACCUCCUAACAUCUCUUAGGAUAUUAGAAGUGAAUGAAUGUAAGAAUAUGGAGCGUUGCAGCUCUCCAGAUGGCAUUGAGGAGUUGACUGUAUGGAGUUGUAGUUCAAUGAGAGUUGUCUCGUUUCCAAAAGGAGGGCAGGAGAAGCUGAGGUCACUUACAAUAUGGAAUUGCAGGAACCUAUUGGAAAAGGAGUGGGAGUGGGGAGGACAAAAAAUGAACAACAACAGAAGCAGCAGCACGCCGAUACUUGAAUUUGUCAGGAUAAAAGAUUGGCCAAAUCUGAAAUCAAUCAUUGAGCUGAAUGACUUUGUUCACCUCACUGAAUUGAUUAUAUACAACUGUGAAAACCUCGAGUUAUUUCCAGACACUUUAAGAUCGUUAAAGAAACUGGAAAUAAGUAAUUGUCCCAAAUUGGAUGUUUCCUUUCCUGGUGACAAUUUGACAUCAUUGAAGCAACUUAGCAUAACAAAGUGUCCAAGAAUGGAUGCUUGUUUACCUGGUUGGGUUUGGCCUCCUAAUCUGCAAUUCUUAGUAAUUGGGGAGUUGAAGAAGCCCUUCUCCGAGUGGGGCCCACAAAGUUUUCCAACCUCACUUGUGGAACUCAGGUUACUCGGUGGUAGUGAAGAUGGAGUAGUUAUUAGUUGUAGUGAAUUUUCUCAUCUUCUUCCUUCAUCUCUUACCUCUCUUACUAUAUGUGACUUUGAGAAACUGGAAUCUUUUUCAGUGGUACUCCAACACCUCCAAUCUCUCAGUUUUUCCAAUUGCCCUAAUCUGAAGAAAGUGUCUUCACAUCUCCAACACCUCACCUCCCUCCACCAUCUCUCUUUUUGGGAUUGCCCUAUGAUGAUGGAUCUACCAGAGCUGUUAUCGCCUUCACUCUUGAGUUUAGAGAUCUGGGGUGAUUGCCCAGGUCUGAAAGAAAGAUGCAGUAAAAAGGGGAGUUACUGGCCCCUCAUCUCCUAUAUCCCCUGUUGUAAAAACACACCAAGAAAUAGACUAUAAUUGAUCACCAACACCAAUUGUAUUAUUACUCUCAAGAAAUGAAACUGAUUACAAACUGAAUUGAAAGAAAAUCACUAAGAACUCGUACUAUCUAUUACAAGCCCUAAUCCCCUUUUAUUACAUCAGCUAACUAACUAUUAACAGAACUAUGACCUGAAUUGACAACAUUAACCCCUGUGUUUAUAAGAAAUAACAUUCAGGCCCUUCGACUUUAUUAACCUUCCAAACUUAAGAGACCUUUAUAACAGUUGAC